AUGUCGUCGGAUAUUUAUGCCAGACCAGAUGUAUCAAAGAAGGCGAGAUACACCAGGAAGGUAGAAGAAGAUGGAGGAGAAUGGGAGGAGAGGGAGGUGGUUAUCUACCAGAGUGUAGACGAUAUCAGACCCGAUCCUAAUGGUUUUCAGUCACAGGAAGGAGGAACACAGAGUGAGAAACAUCCUCCAGUGCAGAAAGGGCCUUUCAGAGGAGCUACAUUGGUUCUCAGUGUGCUGUGUCUCCUGUUGUUUGCUGGAAUCAUCGCUCUGAUCAUAAAACAUAUUUCAGUUACUCUGGAAAAAGACCAGCUGAAAAACAAAGUUUCAGCCAACAACAGCCAGUUACAGGAUGAAGUAAAGAGACUGAACACAGAGACUCAUGAGUUGAAAACCAACAACAGCCAGUUACAGGAUGAUGUAAAGAGACUGAACACAGAGACUCAUGUCCUGAAAACCACCAACAGCCAGUUACAGGAUGAAGUAAAGAGACUGAACACAGAGACUCGUGUCCUGAAAACCAACAACAGCCAGUUACAGGAUGAAGUAAAGAAGCUAAAAGUGAUUGAAGGGAAGUUGUGUCCUGAAGAAUGGAAGAGACUUGGCUGCAGUUGUUACUUUAAAUUCACUGGACAGAGGAAAUCUUGGUUUGAGAGCAGGAGAGACUGUCAGAAUAAAGGAGCUGAUCUGGUGACGAUAAACAACAAAGAGGAACAGGAAUUUGUCAGAAGACUGAGCAUGAAUGAAGAGUCCUGGAUCGGUCUAGAGAAUACAUGGACAUCUCAACGUUAUGUAUGGAAAUGGGUGGAUGGAUCACCACUGACAGAACCGUUCUGGGCAUCAGGAGAACCACAAUACAACUAUGCAGUAUGUUGCAAUCAACAAGGAAAAUGGACAAGCAUAUAUUACAGUUCAAAUAAAAAGAACUGGAUCUGUGAGAAAUCGAUUUCCUGCUUCCACUGAUGAAGGAGGGAUGUACAGUGUUGGGACUGAAUGAAAUCUGACCAAAGAGUCUCUGUUUUCUCUCUUCUGGUUCUGUGUGACAUGAACACAGCCUCUAAUAAAGGCAUUAAUAGAGUUAAACCUUUGUAUCUCUACAUUACAUGAACUGGAAAAACUUUACUAACAACUUUCUGUCUUUGCUUGUAUUUGAAUGUGCUGUAUGUGUGAUGUUUAAGUCCAGUGUAAUGAACAUAUUGUAUAUCA